AUGGGAGACAAAGACGACAAGAAAUAUUUGGAAGAAAUUUUCGCCAAUUAUAUGGACACCGACACCUCCCCGGCCUCCAGUGCCUCUAAUGCGGUGCCAACAGCUCCGGUAUCCUCGAGUAUAAGCAUCCAAACGAGUGUCAUAUGCAACGCAAAUGAUAUAAAAGUGGAAAAUGAUAUCAAACCAGAUAUUACGGGCAUAAGUAGUACUCCAUCGGUGACCACAAGGGCUACCGAUGCCCUAGAAGAUGACGACGCCAUCCUAAUGCAUGGCAUACCGAAAGCCACUAGUGAUCUGGUGUUGUCCAAUGUGGUGGCGACUGUGAAUCUGGGCCGUAGACUACCCCUGCAGGAGAUCAGCCGCCAGUGCCUGAACGCGGAGUACAACGCGCGACGACUGAACAUACUAUUCAUACGCAUCCGUAACCCCAAGACCACGGCACUGGUGUUUAAAUCGGGAAAAAUGGUGACCACCGGCGCCAACACCGAGAGAAAUGCGCACAAAUCUGCCCGACGUUUCGCCCGUAUUAUACAGCGCUUUGUGCCGGACGUCCGCUUUUUUAACUUCCAGAUCCACAAUAUGGUCGCAUCGGGCGCCGUCCUCUUUUCUCUCAGGCUUGAGAUAUUGUGCAUUCAUAUGGGCUACCGGGCCCACUAUGAGCCCGAGCUCUUCCCGGCGCUCGUCUACAGAAUGUCUGAGCCCAUGGUGACGGUGCUGUUGUUCAGCACCGGUAAGGUUGUCAUCACAGGGGCUAAGGGUCGACAGGAGUUGAUGAAAGCGUUUGAGUUAAUGUUACCGAUGCUCCAGAAAGUGCACCGGGAGGUUACGGAAUAG